AUGUAAUGGAACGAAAGUACGAGCUACCCAGAAACGAGCUUGUAAGCGUUCAAGUUCCAGUGUACCUCCAAGAAGGAAACCCUGCGGAAGUAAUCAGUUCAUUGGGAGGGCUUGAUAGUAUUUACUCUGCAUAUAAGGUUUCAAAACAAGAGAGCAAGACACGUUGUUCAGCAGCGAGCACAAAGCAGGAACGUGGCAACCAACGUGAGCUUGACAGACUUAAACUCCAUCUUAGAAGACACGAUGCUUAUUCUAUUCCUUUGGUUUCCGACACACCUAUCCCUUCAAGAGACCUUUUAUUGAAGGUAAAGUACAAAGUUUCUCGUUCCUCUGGUAACGUCGUUCGUGGUGAUUUUCUAGUGAAGAGAUGGUCACAUUGCAAAAUUGUGGAUAUUGAAGCGUUGGGCAUAGUAAAGACAACAUUUUGUUUCACAAAGUUGGCAGAUUUCCAGUUUCUGCCACCUCUCAAGGAAACAGGAGGACGUUUGUCUGGUUUGGAUUCGUCUUUUGGUCUCUUUGAAAGGGAUGAUUUGAAUGGUGCAGAUGUCAAUUUGACAGUUGCAGACUCUCUAUACCGUUUGUCACCUUUGCAAUUCUCAAGAUAUCACUUGUCUCGAGUUCCAUAUGAUUAUCGACAACAUAUCGAUAGCGCAUUUCAACAUUUAAAAUCGGAUAGGGAGGAGCAGAAUAUUUCAGACCCGAAAGAGAAUGUGGAAGAUGAAGACGGAAUAGAUCAACAGCAGAUACGGGAAAAGAGACGAGCUGUUUGGAGGUCAUCAGUUGGAGUUGAUCGCCGUUCAGAUCCAUUAAGAAACUCACUGCUUUCUCACCGAGUUUCGAUAGACUUGGAACAAGUACCUCAGUUCCCAGAAAAACAAAAACUGGAAGAAAUAAGAAACAUUCCUAACGAAGUAUUUGAGCUUCUUCGUACUGCUUUCGAAUUACGUCCUAUUUGGACUCGUCGAGCUAUUCACCUCCAUAUAGGAAACGUCGAUCUUUUACAUAUCAAGAUAGGGUUACCAAUAUUAGCAUACUCUUUUGAUGGUCCUGGACCUUUCCGGACUUGCUGGAUUAAGUACGGAUAUGAUCCGCGAAGAGAUCCGGAGAGUAGAAAAUUGCAAGUUCUUGAAUGUCGUCUGAAUGGCUCUUUGGCGGAUGUCAUAAAGUCGUACAGAGGAGAACAAAAGUUUGCGCUGGAAGCCUCUUCAGAAAGAUGUAACGUUACUUUGUGUGGUUUGCCCACUUGUCAACACUUAUUUUUACAAUUGUGCGAUAUCGAAUCGAGAGAAAUUCAAGAAUUAUUACAAACUUGUAAAUCUUCAGCGUCUUUUAGUAAGGAAAAGUACGGUUGGUUUCCAGAUGGAGUGUGGAAUAGCUUUAGAAGCUUUCUUCGUGACCAUAUUCUAUAUUUAAUUAAGACAGAAUUAGGAGACGAGGCUUUUCAGAAAGUUUUGUCUUCUGGAAAGAAAAUUCGAGAUAGAAGUGCUCAAAGGAAACGUUUACGUAGACUAAGAAGUCUUAAGGAACGGUUGCAGGACACAGAACAAUUUCAAUCUGUUUCAAGCACAGUCGAUCCACAGCAUAUGGAAGAGGUUAAUACUUUUGAAAACAUGUCACAAUCUGAAGAACUUUACUCCAGCACUGUAGAGCAGCCAGACCUUAAAAGUUCCUUGGAGAGGAGUCCAUCCGAAUUCGAUGAAUUCCAAUUAUUGGAUGAGGAGGAUUGAGAAAUGUAACAAGUCGGUUUGAUAAAUGAAAUUGUUAGAUGUGGAAUCGACUCCUGUGCUGUCUUUGGAGUUGCAUAGUGAUUAUUUGCUGUUUGGAAAUCUAUUUUAUUUGUUCUCAUGCAGAAUUCGAGAAAUGAAGGAAAGUUGUGAAAGCAAUGUAUGAAAGAAUGAAGGACCUUUUGGAUUCAACUUGGCGAAUAGCAAGCAAAGAAAAUUAUCCCGCAAACGUCUGAAGCUGUUUUACUACUUGGAUGUCAUAUUUUUUUAGUUCUCGAUACAUAACUGUCCAAAAGUUGAGCGUUUUCUGUAUUUAUUCCAUUUGAUGUUUAUACUCCUGCAAACAGUUAGGUUGUUCAUAGCAAACUACGUCACUACCCUUCACCGUUGCCAUUUUGUAAUGACUAUAGUUGGCUAUCGGAACUGUGUGAAUAGCUUUUUCUUCCUUAUAAACAAUUGUUUAUAGUUGUAAAGUUCAUAUGUAUUUAAAAAGAGUUCUACAAGUUGAAAUCUUCGUUGUGAUGGUGCUGUAUAUUUGUUAACAGCUACCAACAGUUCUAACUUGUUAGGUACUAUGGUCAACUUUAGGGCACUAGACAAGAUCAGUUCGCAGCUCCAAACUCCGUUUUGUGUCAAUCCGAUUUUGGGAAUAAAAUGCUUUGCCAUUCU